AUGUUUAAAGCAAAUAAUCAACGACAUGAUUUUGACGAUAUUGGUGUUGGCAGUGGUGUUAAUAUGAACAGCAAAAAGUUAAGUGGUUGCCAGUAUAAAAAUAAAUUAAAAGAAAAGGCUGAACAAUUAACUAAUGUUCUUAAUCGGACCCAAAAGGUUGAUGCAUAUUUUAAACUAAUAAAAGAAAAUGAGGAACAACAGAAUCUGUACCUUUUACUUCUUCUGCCAUUCAUUGCCAUUCUUUGCCUCCCCCAAGAUGAAAUAAUUACAUGUUUCGAAUCAUUAUCAAUUUCUUAUUCUAACGAUCCUUCAACGUGGAUUAUAAAUGAUGACCUCCAAGAUUAUUUUGCUGUUAACGGUUUUGAACAAAAUAAAAACAUUGAUUUUUCUAAAUCACUGCGUAUGUAUAAUGAUGGGGAAAAACGUUUAUUAACGAAAAAUAUGUUUGAGAGAAAACAUUUCAAUGGACAAAUCAUCAAUAGACCGUGGUUAAUUUAUUCUGAAAUAACGGGAAAAGUAUUUUGUGGACCUUGUAGAUUAUUCCAAGAAAUUAACAAUGAUUCAUAUUUAGCAUCUGAGGAAUUACUUUCUGAAUUUGAUCCCUUUUUAUCUCAACAUGUAACUCGAUUUCAAAAUUCUGGAAGUGGAAAUACUUCGUAUUUAUCAUCUACAAUAUAUGAAGAAAUUAUUAAACUCAUGUCUAACAAAGUAAAAAACGGUAUUGUCGCUCAAAUAAAAACAUGCAAAUACUACUCGAUUAUCGUAGACUCGACACCCGAUAUUUCUCACGUCGACCAGUUAUCUUUUAUUGUACGUUAUGUAAAUGAAAAAGGGAACGCCAUGGAAAGAUUUUUAGGGUUUAUAGAUAAUGCAGGACAUACAUCUGAAAAACUUACAAACAUUGUUAUUGAUACGUUGUAUUGUCUUGAAAUAAAUUUGAUUGACUGUCGAGGUUAG